UUUCACUACGGACAGUUUGAUCGUCGCACAAGAAGGAAACGUGUAUGGACGACAUUGUAGGCGUUUGUGAAGAGCAAUCAUGUAUAGAAUACUACUAUUGUCCGUCUGUCCGGUUAGAAAUCGUGCAUUACAUGUGUACAUCCGCGAGGCAUGUUUAAGGUCGUCGAAAUGUGAUAUGGUUUCACUCCCCAUUUGCAGAGCUACGAAUGGAGGGGUCUUCAAUGCAUUUGGCACAAGCUCUGUCAUCCACUGUGAAAAGAAAGAGGGGCCACUCCCUCCCAAGGAAGAAAAUAGUGCAUUGAAGGAUGGUGAGCAGAAGGUAGCAAUAAAGAUGGUUGGAGAGAAGGUCAUAGAGCUACAAGAUUAUGUAAAAAUGGUAGCAGAACAGAGCGAGCAGAGAGUAGGGGUGAAAAUGGAGGGAGUAACAGAGAGUGUCAAAAUUGAAGAAAUUCUUAUACAAACAGAAGAGGUUGAGAAAAAACUAGAAUCAAAGGUGGAGGCAGCAAAGGCGAGUGAGAAAAUCAAAGAAAAAAUCCAGAUUAUAACAGAGGUUGAGCCAAUUCUCGAGGUAAGAAUGGAGGCUGUAAAGGAGAGCAAAAUAGAGGAAAUUCCAGUUAAGAUGGAUAGUGAGAAAAUGGAAGCAAUCCAGACUAAAACAGCACUUUUGCCCAUUCCAGAAGUAAAGCUGGAGGAUGUAAAGGAGAGUGAGGAAAUGAAAGAAAUCAUGUUAGCCAGUAAAACAGAGGAGGUUAAACAAAAGCUAGAAGUAACAAUGGCGGUAGGAAAGGAGGGUGAAACAAUUGUUGAGAUCCAGGUUAAAACAGAAGAGGUUGUAGAUGUAAAGAAAGAGGGAGACAAAGUUGUAGAGGAGCAGAUGUUAGAGGUCAAUAAGGAGGAACAACAGACAGAAGCCCCCCCCAAGGAUGAAAUUCAGCCUGUGAAGAGUGGGAAGGAGAGUCUGCUGGACCUCCUGGGGGCCAUGAAGGUCGAGGUCACCAACAAAAGGAAGUUUAAGGCCUUAAAGGUGCAGAGGACCUCUGAGACUGCUGCCAGGCCCAUGCCAGCAGCUAUGGAGAGCACCACCAGUAUGUUCCAGGAGGCCACUGGCAUGGCUGACGUACCAGCACCUGCCCCAAGUGAGCCACUGAGCCCUGAGCUGGUUGCUGCUGUCUCUGCUGCUGCAGCUACUUUACCUAACCAAAGCCAGGCUGAGUCAGAGCUGCUGAAGAAGCUGAGGCAACAUGAAGCUAUCGGAGAGGCACAGAAGAACGGGGACGUCAACAACAUUGGGGUUAUCAUUGCUGACAUGAAGGUGGGGAAGAAGCCCAACGGCAGGCAGAACGCCCGGCCGGCCAAUCAGAUCCGCUUUGAUGAAGAUGGGCGGGGCUACACCCAUGAUAGAGGCAUCACUGCAGAGUUGGAUGGUGGAUUACGGAGGAGGAGAAGUCUAUUUUCAGGGAAAAGGCUGAACAUCUUCACCCCGAGCACUGAACCGGAGGCAGACACAGAUAUAGCUGUUCCGACCCUAUGGGACAUGGAGUUAGCCAAUCAAGUGGCCCUGUCAACCAAUCAAAUGCCUCGUAAUGGCUUUGAGGAGAUGAUCCAGUGGACCAAAGAGGGCAGGCUGUGGCAGUAUCCAAUUAACAAUGAGGCUGGUCUUGAGGCGGAGGCCCAGGUGCCCUUCCAUGAGCACGUGUUCCUGGAGAAACACCUGGAGGAAGGCUUCCCACGCCAGGGACCUGUCAGACACUUCAUGGAGCUGGUGGUCUCGGGCCUGGCUAAAAAUCCCUACUACACAAUACAGCAAAAGAGAGAACAUAUAGCCUGGUUCAGGGACUACUUUCAGCAGAAAGAGGAGGUCCUCAAGGAGGCAGAGGUUUACCUCAACUGAACUGUGUUGGCAAAAUUUAAGAGAAACACAAUCUUUAAGUAAUUUAUGAUCACACAAAUGCUAAUGUGGGAUUUAAGGGUUGUAGACUCCUAUGGCAUGACAGCCUUGUCUCAGGGCUAGGGUGAUCAGUAUAC